CAUGUGACCUGUCAUCAACGCUUCCGUUCAACAUGGCGGCGGCGUCUGUUUUCCACAGAGUGAGAACUGGCUCUAAAAUAGGUGCCCAGUAUGACCAGGAAGGCAACCUCAUUCAGGUGGAAACUCGAGAGGAUGAAGAGCAGAGCGUCAAGCUGGCAGAGAUCCUGGAGCUCCUGCUGGCUGCUGGAUACUUCAGAGCACGAAUCAAAGGAUUGUCACCUUUUGAUAAGGUGGUCGGGGGUAUGACCUGGUGCAUCACCACAUGUAACUUUGACAUCGACGUUGAUCUUCUGUUCCAAGAAAACUCAACCAUUGGUCAGAAAAUAGCUCUAACAGAGAAAAUAGUGUCUGUGCUUCCGAAGAUGAAGUGUCCUCAUCGCCUGGAGCCCCAUCAAAUCCAAGGGCUGGAUUUUAUCCACAUUUUCCCAGUGAUACAGUGGCUUGUGAAGAGAGCCAUAGAAACCAGGGAGGAGAUGGGCGACUAUGUGAGGGCCUACUCCAUCUCUCAGUUCCAGAAGACCCACAGCCUCCCAGAGGAUGAAGAGUUUCUCCAGAGGAAAGACAAGGCUGUGAGAGCGGUCCUGGACGUGUUGGAGGUGUACAAACCCCAGAGGAAGUACAGGAGGCAGAAGGAUGCAGGGGAGCUGCUGGAUGAGGAGUCCAGGGUUCACUCCACUCUGCUGGAAUACGGCAGGCGAUAUGGUUUCAGCAAACAGUCCAAUCAAGACAAGGUGGAUGAGAGGAAGGCUUCGCUGGCCGGUGGCUCCCAGGCCACGCCCCCGGGCAUGGCGGAGGUGCCGGAGGAAGACGCCCUGCAGGCGGCGGAGGAGAUGCGAAUCAAAACUCUGAUGACCAGCAUGGCCGCCAUGGUAAACGAAGAGGGGAAGCUGACGGCGAGUGCCGUGGGUCAGAUAGUGGGUCUGCAGUCUGAGGAGAUCAAACAGAUCGCCUCUGAGUACGCCGAGAAGCAGUCGGAGCUGUCGUCAGAGGAGCGUUCAGAGCGUUACGGCCCCCUGCAGCAACACCGCCGGGCGGUGGCUUCACUCCACAAACAGAUCCAGCAGAAGACCAAACAGCUGGAGGAGCUACAAGCCAAACACACAGAGGUGAAAACAGGCUGUGACGAGGCCAAGAGGAAGCUGGCGGAGGCGACAGAGCGCUCAGAGAAGCUGGACAAAGAGCUGAAGUCUUUCGAGGAGAUGGAGGAGCAGGCCGACAGCAGCCUGCUGGAGAAGCUGAGGGCUCUGGUGACGAUGAACGAGAACCUGAAGCAGCAGGAGCAGGAGUUCCGCUCCCACUGCAGAGAGGAGAUGGUCCGUCUGCAGCAGAACAUUGAGGAGUUGAAGACGGAGUCAGGACAGGAUACGGAGGAGGUGGAGGAGAGGAACCAGCUGAUAGACAAACAGUACAACACAGACAGAGAGAAACUGCAGAAGAUCCGCCUGCUCAUGGCUCGGAGGAACCGUGAGAUCGCCAUCAUGCAGAGGAAGAUCGACGAGGUGCCGACCCGGGCCGAGCUGACCCAGUACCAGAAGAGGUUCAUCGAACUCUACAGCCAAGUUUCUGCGACACACAAAGAGACCAAACAGUUCUUCACUCUGUACAACACGUUAGACGACAAGAAGGUUUAUCUGGAGAAGGAGGUGAAUCUGCUGAAUUCCAUUCACGAUAACUUCCAGCAGGCCAUGGCGUCGUCAGCAGCCAAGGACCAGUUCCUCAGACAGAUGGAGCAAAUCGUGGAGGGAAUCAAACAGAGUCGCAUCAAGAUGGAGAAGAAGAAGCAGGAGAACAAAAUGAGGCGCGAUCAGCUGAACGACGAGUACCUGGAGCUGCUCGACAAGCAGAGGCUUUACUUCAAAACCGUCAAGGACUUUAAAGAGGAGUGUCGGAAGAACGAGAUGCUUCUGUCCAAGCUGAGAGCUAAAGGAGCCUCGUAGCUCCGACUGUUGGUAAACUGCUCGUGAUGUCAAUGAAAUGUGUAAUGAGUGCGAGCUAAACUGAUCACAGAUCAGCUGUACGUUUUUUUUUUCCCACAUGUUUCAUCAUUCUUCUUCUUCGUGGCUCAUAAAUGCUGAGUUUCAUCUAAGAAGACGUUAACUGUCUUCGCAUGUGCCAAACAGUCCACAGGACAACAGAAAUGCCUUCAAACAGUCUCUGAGAAAUCAUGUGUUCAAUAUGUGACCAGUCUAAUCAUAACUAACACGGACUGAAGCUGCACGAAGAGGAGACAGGAAGCAUCGUGUGCUGUGACAGGACUUCGUGGCUUUUUGUGUGGACCUUAAAGAAGCUAAAUGUCAGAUAGGAAGCGCUCUGUCAGACUCUGCUGAUUGAAGACUGCCGACUAUCAGAAGUCACAUGAUGAAUCAUCCUGCGUGUCACCAAACAUCUGCCCCCCCCCCCUCAGCGUCCACGCUUCACAGCAGCGGACACACGGUUUGAUGAAUGUCUUUGAAAAGGAUGUGUUCCACCUUUUAUCUCACAAACGUGUCCAUGAGACGAAUAAAUAUACAUGCAGAUGUUCAAAUUUCCAUCUUUUAACAUGUAAAAGAGAAACUGUAACUUUAAAUGUUGCACAUGUGCUCAUACGAAUGAAAAGUUGAGUUCAUUAGAAAUAAAACGCAUUCUCAUCCUUCA